AUGCAAGAUAACCAAGGGACUUUGAGGGCAGAGGAGGAGGGAUGCCAUUUCGGUGGUCUUCAAGAGCAAGACUUGCGUGCUACCUUAUCAGGAAAGGAAAAAAAGAAUUCAUCUGAUCAAAGAACCACCUUACACUCUCCAGGUCUGCAGGAACUAGAGGUUCUAAAUCAAAAGCUGAGCCUCCCAGUAUCCAGUCAGGCCAAGCAAGCUCCGUGGCCCGAGCCUCCAGAUGCUCCAGGUCACUUGGAAGCUCUGCCUGGGUCGGGAUGUUAUUCUUGCUGUGUCUGCAGGGAAGUCUUUGCGGUGCAGCGCGACCUGGCAGAGCACCAAAGGAGCCACUCCACGAGGCAGCCCUGAAAAUAUCCAAAGCACAGAGACAGAUCCAGAGGGAAUUGUGAGCUCCGUCGGAGCCCAGUGUUGCUGUGUGGGAAGAAGCGAUUCCAGUGCAGUAAGUGUGAGGAGGGCUACUACCUGAAGCGCAGUCUCCUCACGCACCAGGUUGUCCACGCAGGGCAGCGGCCCUUCCCGUGCCCGCAAUGCGGCAAGACCUUCCGGUACAAAGCCGACUUGAAGAAACACCUGUGCCUGCACCAAGGGGAGCGGCCGUUCCGCUGUGCCGAGUGUGGCAAGGGUUUCGUGCAGCAGUGCAAGCUCCAGGAGCACCUCCGGCUGCACAGCAGCGAGAAGCCCUUCCCGUUGGAGUGUGGCAGGAGCUCCCGCCGGAGGGGAAGUCUGCAGGUCCACGUCUGGCAGCACAGUGGGAAGAAGCCCUUCCACUGCACCGAGUGCGACCGAAGCUUUCCUCCAAAGGCAGCCUUGCAGACUCACCCGAGGACACACAGUGGAGAGAAGCCGUUUCCGUGUGAGCAGUGUGGGAAGAAGUUCAUUUACAGGACGAAGCUCACCGAGCAUGUCCGAGUGCACACAGGCGAGAAGCCCUUGCCGUGUCCGGAGUGUAAUGAAAGUUUCCGCCAGAAGAGGAGUCUCAAAGCCCAUCGAUUCCAGCAUGACGGGAUGAAACCCUUCCAGUGUCUGGAGUGUGGCAGGAGCUUCUCCUGGAGGAGCGCCAUGAAGGCCCAUGAGCAUCUGCACAGCGAGGAGAAGCCGUUCUCCUGCGGGGAGUGUGGCAAGAGGUUUACCCGGCCCUCCAAGCUCACGCGCCACACCAGGCUCCGCAGCCGGCCAAAGGAGUUUCCCUGUGGAGCGUGCAAGAAGGGCUUUGCUCGGCAGUUGAGGCUCACCCAGCACCUCAAGAGCCACAGCUCGGGGAAGCCGUUCUCCUGCGGUGAGUGCAGUUUCUGCCGUUGCUCGCAUCUCACCGAGCACAUGAGGCUUCCGGGUGGGGAGGAGCCUUGGCAGUGUCCUGAGUGUGACAAGAGCUUCUUCUGGAAGGCCUCCAUCAAGUCCCCCCAGCGGAUGCACAGGGACGAGAAGCCCUUCGCGUGUAGUGAGUGCAGCAAGACCUACACCCAGCCGUCCCAGCUUGCUGAGCAUCUGCGAGUCCACGGUGGAGAGCAGCCCCACCAGGGUCCUGAAUGUGAUCAAAGCUUCCACCUCAAAGGAAAUCUGAAAAGCCACUCGCUCCAGCACAGUGGCCAAAAGCCAUUCUCUUGUGUGAAGUGUGACAAAAGUUUCACGCAGCGGUGCAGGCUCACAGAACACAUUCGAGUCCACAGCGGCGAGAAGCCCUUCCAGUGUCCGGAGUGUGACAGGAGCUGCUGCACACGAGGAGGCCUGGAGGCCCAUUUGCACACACACAGCGGCGAGAAGCCCUUCCGGUGUCUGCAGUGUGGCAAAGGCUUCCUGCAGAAGAGGAGUCUGGAGACCCAUGUGCACCGUCACAGCAGGGAGAGGCCUUUCUCGUGUCAGGAGUGUGGUAGAAGCUUGACGUACACGGGGGCGCUCAACACCCACGUUGCAGUCCAUGCGAGGGCAAAGGCCCCCAGUCUAUGA